UACAAGUUCUCGGGUCGGGACAGCCUCAUUUUCCUGGUCGAUGCCUCCGAGGCCAUGUUUGAGGGAGACGGGGACGAGGUGAUUCCCUUCGACAUGACUAUCCAGUGCAUCCGGAGUGUGUAUACCAACAAAAUUAUUAGUAGUGACAGGGACCUGUUGGGUGUCGUGUUCUAUGGUACAGAUAAGAACAAGAACUCGGCAGAUUUCAAGCACAUCUACGUUCUUCAGGAGCUGGACAAUCCAGGUGCAAAGCGUGUUCUAGAGCUGGACCAAUACAGGGGAGACGAAGGACGAGCGCUUUUCCGUGAGACCUUUGGCCACAAUGCUGACUAUUCACUGGGUGAAGCACUCUGGGCCUGCUCUAAUCUCUUCAGUGAUGUCCGAGUCAGGCUGAGCCACAAAAGGAUCAUGCUCUUCACCAACGAGGAUGACCCUCAUGCCAAUGACAGUGCUAAAGCCAAGCUGGCCAGGACCAGAGCUGGUGAUCUGAGAGAUACAGGUAUCAUCUUGGACUUGAUGCACUUGAAGAAGCCUGGAGGGUUCGAUAUCUCUUUGUUCUACAGGGAUAUCAUAAACGUAGCAGAGGAUGAGGACCUUGGGAUCCAACCUGAGGAAUCAGGGAAACUGGAACAUCUCAUGAAGAAAGUACGAGCGAAGGAGACAAAGAAACGGACUUUAAGCAGGUUAAAUCUGUAUCUGAACAAAGAUCUGUCACUUUCUGUUGGUGUUUACAACCUUGUUCGAAAAGCUUAUAAGCCUUAUCCAGUGAAGCUUUAUCGGGAAACUAAUGAACCAGUUAAGACAAAAACAAGGAUGUUUAAUGGAAAAACAGGCAGCUUGCUCCUGCCAAGUGACACAAAAAGGGCUCAGACAUAUGGAAACCGCCAGAUUGUGCUGGAGAAAGAGGAAACAGAAGAAAUAAAACGGUUUGAGUCUCCAGGCUUGUUUCUGAUUGGCUUCAAACCCCUUUCAAUGCUAAAACGACAUCACCACAUCAAGCCCUCCCAGUUCAUCUAUCCUGAGGAGUCCGUAGUAAGUGGGAGUACAACGCUGUUUAAUGCCCUGCUAAUGAAAUGCCUGGAGAAGGAUGUGGUGGCCCUGUGCAGAUACACCGCCCGCCGCAACACUCCCCCUCGCUUUGUGGCCCUGGUUCCCCAGGAGGAAGAGGUGGAUGAUCAGAAAGUGCAGACAGCCCCUCCAGGUUUCCACAUCAUUUUCCUGCCAUAUGCAGAUGACAAACGGAAUGUUGAUUUUACAGAAAAGGUGCCAGCCAGUCGAGAGCAGGUGGACAAAAUGAAGGAAAUAGUUCAAAAACUCCGAUUCAAAUACAGGCCUGAUAGCUUUGAGAACCCAGUUUUGCAACAGCACUUCAGGAAUCUGGAGGCUUUGGCACUGGAUAUGCUGGAACCAGAACAAGCCGAGGAUCUUACAAUGCCAAAGGCCAAAGAGAUGGACCGCAGGCUGGGCAACCUGGUGGAGGAGUUUAAGCAGCUGGUUUAUCCCCCUGACUAUAAUCCUGAUGGGAAGGCUGUAAAGCGAAAACAAGAUUCUGAUGGUCAAACUGAGAAGAGGCUCAAGGUAGAAGUUUCAAAAGAAGAGCUGCAGAGUCAUGUGCUGAAGGGCACUCUGGGCAAGCUUACUGUGCCAGUUCUGAAGGACGCAUGCAGGCUUUGUGGGCUGAAGAGUGGGGGGAAGAAGCAGGAGCUCAUGGAUGUACUAACUGAAUACUUUACUGAACGCUGAGCAGAAGCAGAAGGCCUUGCUUCAAGUUUCAGUUGUCUUAAGUGGAUGCUGUGU